CCGGUUAGGUUGUUGGUGUUCGUGUACCAGAGGAGAAAUGAAAUUUUGCUUUUGUUUUUGUUUGAACCGUGUUCGCUUUAGCUAGCCGAUCGGUUAACUGAACCUCCCGCCAUGUCUUCGUGGCUGCGUCUGCAGGUGAAGGUGGGGACGGCUCGUGGGUUACUUGCCUCCACACGGGUGACACGUCGACCCACGUGGCUGUGCGGACACCUGGCUUUAUGUCAAAGCUUGAGCACAGGCAGACCGCUUCGAAAAUACUUUUUCAAAGAUCUGGAGGCCCAUCUGGCAGCUAUGCGUAAGAAGGCGGCGGACGCGCUUCCAGGGAGCGGCUGGAGUCCCUUAGAGAUCAACCCCAACCUUCCUCCAGACAGGGCCGACAUCGUGAUUGUGGGUGGCGGGGUGGUGGGCUGGUCCAUCGCCUACUGGCUGAAACAGAAGGAGAGGGUGCGAGGAGGGGUGCGGGUCCUAGUUGUGGAGAGGGACCCAACGUACUCCAAGGCCUCCACGGUGCUGUCUGCUGGGGGGAUCCGACAGCAGUUCUCCCUGCUGGAGAACAUCCACCUCUCCCUGGCUUCUGCUGACUUCAUGAGGAACGUCAAUGAGCAUCUCGGCGUAUUGAACGAAGACCCCAUAGACCUGCAGUUUAACCACUCGGGAUACCUCUUCCUGGCCAGUGAGGCGGUGGCUCACAUCAUGGAGGAGAACUACAGCACCCAAAGGUCUGCUGGAGCCAAAGUGUCUCUUCUUUCUCCGACGCAACUGAAGGAGAAGUUUCCGUGGAUAAACACAGAGGGUGUGGUUCUUGCCUCGUACGGGCUGGAGAAUGAGGGCUGGUUUGACCCCUGGACUCUGCUGAACGCCUUUAAGAGGAAGGCCAUCUCUAUGGGAGCCAUUCAGUGCUGUGGAGAAGUCACGGAACUGAAAUAUACAACAAACGUGAUGACGACGGCUGACGGGGAAAAGCUGGACCUGAGGAGAAUAAAGUCAGUCAAAGUGCAGAUGCCAGACAGCCUGGAGUACCAGCCGGUGGAGUGCGCUAUUGUGGUGAAUGCAGCGGGAGCCUUUUCUGGUAAGCUGACAGAGAUGCUGGGAAUUGGCUUUGGCCCCGAAAACUCCAUCGCAGGAAUCCCACUGCCUGUUGAGCCACGGAAAAGGUAUGUGUAUGUGGUCCGCUGUCCUGAUGGUCCUGGCCUAGACACUCCCUUCUUGAUCGAUUACUCGGGAGUUUACUUGAGGAGAGAGGGCUUAGGUGGGAACUACAUUGCCGGGGCCUCACCGGAGGAGGCGGACGAGCCAGAUACCAGUAAUCUAGAAGUGGACCACAGCUUCUUUGAGGAGAAUGUUUGGCCUCAUUUGGCCUUUAGAGUUCCUGCUUUUGAGAAACUUAAGGUGACCGGUGCGUGGGCGGGUUUCUAUGACUACAACACCUUUGACCAAAACGCCAUCAUCGGUACGCACCCCCUCAUCAACAACAUGUACUUUGCAACGGGCUUCAGCGGUCAUGGCCUGCAGCACUCGCCCGCAGUGGGUCGCGCUGUGGCAGAGCUGAUUCUGGAUGGAAACUUUAAAACUCUGGACCUGAGCGGCUUCAGUUUCAGCCGGAUUCUGACCCAGGAGCCGAUGCUGGAGAGGAACAUCGUGUAGCUGAGCUGGACCCUGGACUCAUAUCAUUUACAUGCUGCCAAAAUCAAAUUAUUAUAGCUCGAGUCUUAUUUCUGUAGCUGGGAACACAACAGCAAUCAACAAACUGAUUACUGAGAUCUGGGCGGUAUCGUUUCUACAGUGAAGUCCGAUGUUAGACAAAAAGAACAGAACAUGAGUGGUUUCAGAAAAUGCCCAAAUACAACAUAUUUAUAGCCUGUAGCAGCUGCAGGAAUAAAAAGGUCAGGGUGGAAGGAUGGGUCAAAUUAUUAGACUUCCUGCCAUGUAACAACAGAAAAGGAAGGAAGGUGCAAAAUAUGAUCAGUGAGAAGAAAUAUUCAAUUAUUACAAUAUCAGAUUUUAACUACACAAUUAUCACAGCCAAAAAAAAUGUGAUCCCGAUAAAACUGCAGUCAGGGAACCACUGUUUUUUGUUAUAGUUUAUAAGCUGAUAAUAAUAUUCACGUGUAAAUGGUAAUAAAACAAUUUGAAAUAAAUCCUUUAGAGAAGAAAAAACACAUGUGCAGUAACCGUAAAACCAAUGAACAAGAUUUUUUUAAUUUAAAAAUAAGGCAGUGAUAAAAAUCAAUUAGGAGCUGUAUGAGGAGUUAAACAAAAUGAUGAAUUUGACUUUUUCAGCCUGGAUUUUGUAAUGAAUGUUUUAUAUAUUUCAAGAUUUUCAGCUUUUUUUGGAUUUGCAGGCACACAAACUUUCAGAAAACACAAAUGAUCCACAAACUUUAGAUUUAAAAAAGGCAAACAGUUGUUAUAAACAUUAACAGUAAAAGGGCCCUAUUGCAUUCUCCUUGCUCUUUUUUUCUACUUGGCCAACUGUUGUGUGAAGGCAAAAAGUUCCUUCACGUGGUUCCUCCAACCUCAUGUUCCCUGCGGUCUUCCUCUCCUCCUCUCAGAUUCGAUAAAGUGUGUUUUAUGUGUGCUCUCUUAAAGCUCAUUUUCUGGGGAGGCUCUCUUGAUUUUAGCGAUGCAAUCAUGUCAUAUCUCAGCUUUUACUUUUGUUGGUGUUGCUUAUCCAAAAAUGUGAUAAUAACCCUGGAACAUGCCGGGUGACUGUGAUGAUAAGCUUCCUACAAGUUUCUGUUUCUGAAGCACAGUGUCCACUCUGUUCGGGGGCUUUUAUUUUGAAAACUGACUGGCUUUUCUGUGCUGUGCAGCUGCUUCUGUUGCAGCGGAUUUGAUGGACACGCAGGCAUUGAAUUGAGGGCACCAUUAGCAGUCACUCCCCUAUCUAUUACCAGGAUAAGACCAAAGUUGUGGCAAACGCAAUUAUGCUUCAAUUUAGACUUUAGUUUCUGUUUAUUCAAAGCAAGGGUUUUGGUGUUUUAAAGGAUGAUCUGAUGCCAUUUAAUACUGAACUCUACUGACAGCACCCGUACCUUUUUAUUAGUCUGAUUUCAAAGACAAUAAUAGUGCUUUCUAAAGAAAUCAGUGGGAUGAACCACUGAGAAUAAAGUAGAAGGAAGGAUGUGCUUCUUCAUUAGAAGAGGAAAUAUAUGGAGGUGAGCUGGCAGCUGACUCACUCCUGAUGCAGAACAACUCGAAUAACUUCUGCUUUCCAGAUUUCCACUGAACUGGGCUGUUUGGUGCCACUAAGUAGUUGGAGCAUGCAAAUUUAGGUUGAAACGUCAUCAGCUGCUUGUUUUUCCUGACUGCUGAAUACACAGUUUGUCCUGUCCCAUGCAAUGGUUUAACUCUGGUACUUUUAAACGUUUAACAUACUUUUUAUAUCUAAUUUUAUUAAUAUAUGGUAUGUCUGUUGUAUUGAUCGGUGUAAUCACAAUUAUAUUAAGUCAAUUUUUCAACAAAAAUCUUGGGUUGUCUCCUCACUUCAUGUUUCCUUAAGGUGUUGCUGCUCUCAGGGCCGCGCACACUACACACAAACAUGAUUCUCCUACAGAUUUACACCCAGACUGACUAAUGCAGGUGAUGUAAACCCUCAUAUACGCAAAUUUUAAUUAAUAUAAACAACACUAUGCAUUACCUGUAACCAAAGGGUCAAAUCAGUUGCAGGUAUUGAGCCUAAAGUGUGUAAAUGUAUCAAGUUUAAGGGAUAAAAAUAUGAAAAUCUAAGUUUUCCUUAUUGGUCUAAAAUUAAAAGCAGAAUUUCUCCUUGAACAGCUGACCUCCAAGCGCCAAUCAGACACAGUUCAGUGUGAGUGAACUGAAUGAUUCCUCUGCAGCUGAAGCGACUAUGGAAGUGCCAAAAUCACCACAGACUCCCAUAGCAAAAUUUCUUUAACUCGUCUUCCCAAAAACAGGUUUUGACUUCUAUGUACAGCUCUAAGGAGCGGAUAUUUUUUCCGUCCCACUGGAUGCUGGAGUAAGGGUGUGGCCAUUUUGAUUGACAGGCAGCUGGAGCCAAUUUGUGUGUGGCAGGCUUCGGCUAACAGGAGUCACUGAUCUGAACAUCCAGACAGUGUUUGUGCUCUUGGUGUCUUUUGGAACAUUUUGAAUGCAUUAUUGGACGAAUUAUACAGUCUUCUGGAUGAUACAGGCCUUCCACAAAGUUUUGCUGAGUGAAAUCCAAGUAUUUUACUGUUCUUUUGCUUAGCGCUAAUUAUCAGAUUUGUGUCUGUGCAUGCACUCAUACAGUUCAUGAAUACACCCGCUAAACAAGCUAGGUAAUGACCAAAUAUGGUCACUUAACAGGUGGAGUGGCCUAAAUGCUAAUGAGUCUAAAACCAAUGGAUGACAUCAUUCUGGCUGCAUCCAUCUUUUAUAUACAGUCUAUGGUGCUAAUGCAGCUCAGGAUGUAAUAAAUGUGAUUUUUAUUACUGCUUAUUACUUAUUUAGAAACAUAAUCAGUACUGAAUGGGUAAGAGAGAGGCGUGGGUGCAGUGAGAAGAUAAAUUAGGAGAUUUAUAAUGUAGAGCCUUUACCUGCACACUAUAACUGUCAAACAUCUGAAUUUAAGUGGUUUGAAUGCUCCUCUUCAAAUUUCCAGGAGUGCACAUAAAAAGUUGUACUCAUAUGAUCUUCAGAAAGAAGCAAAGCUAAUUUGGCAGAUCGCUGACCGAUG